GACAGGAAAGACAAAAUAAGAGAGGAGCCGCGAGAAGUGACUCUCCGGAGCCGGCCCCGCCAGGAGGAGGAAGAGAAGGACAAGGACGGGCCCGGCGCUGCUGUCCGGUGCCGCCGCCCCCGGUGCCGGGCGAGCCCCGCGGGGGCGGCCCGACCUGCGCGGCGGCGCGGGGCGCGCAUGGCUCGGGCGCUGCCGGGGCCGGGCGCGGAGCCCGACCCCGGCGGCUCGGGGCGCGGGGGGGAGGAGAGCUCCCUGCCGGCGGCGGCGCUAGCGGGGGGGCCGGGGCGGCAGAGCCCUCCCCCUCGGCGCCGAGGUGCGCUCGGCGGCAUGUGCUGAAGUGCCCCGCAGAAGCAGCACAAGUUGCCAGCGCGGCUCCGGCGGCCGGACGGUGGGGAGCGCCCGCCGCCGCCGUCUCCUGCCCGACCCCGUCCCGUCCCCCCCGCCCGGGGACCGCUUCCCCGGCGGGGCUGCCGGCAGCCAGGGUGAUGCGGUUCGCCGGGAAGUGAGAGGCGGCGGGGCGGCGCGUCCUCCCCGGGCCGAGGGCCCCCCCGCCUCGGAGCCUCCCAUGCCUUCGGGGCCCCCUCGGGGGGCGGCGGCCCCGCGGGAGGCGGGGGCGGCGCUGCCGUGAUGGCCCUGGAGGAGAAGCGGGAGAAGCGCCCGCCCGUCACCCCCAUGAUGAUCGAGGAGGAGGCCGCCCUGCGGAACGGCAGCCGGGGGCUGCCGCCGGGCCCCUGGGCCGAGGCGGCGGGGCCGAGACCCCGCACCACGGAGCGGCACAUCGCCGUGCACAAGCGCUUGGUGCUGGUCUUCGCCGUCUCCAUCCUGGCGCUUCUGGCGGUGACCAUGAUCGCCGUGCUGCUCAGCGUCCGCUUCGAGGAGUGCGGCGCCGCCGCCGACGGCCCGCCGCGGGCCGGCGGCAACGGGAGCUUGUCGGGGGCGGCCCGGCAGCCGCCCGGCGUGGGGCAGCCCCCCAGCCGGCCGGAGGAGGAGGAGAAGGCGCGGGGCGGGGAGGCGGCGGUGGCGGCGGAGGAAAAGGAGGAGGAGGAGGAGGAGUGGCAGCGGCGGCGGGAGCUGCCACCCUGGGCCCGGCCGCGGCUACCGCGGCACCUGCGUCCGCUGCACUACAACCUGAUGCUGAGCGCCUUCAUGGAGAACUUCACCUUCAGCGGAGAGGUGAACGUGCAGCUGGAGGUGCGCAACGCCAGCCGCUACAUCGUGCUGCACGCCCACCGCAUGCACAUCGAGGCGGUCCGCGUGGCCGAGGACAAGCUGGCCGGCGGCGUGCGGGUGGCCCGCUCCUUCUUCUACCCCCAGACCCAGGUCUUUGUCGUCGUCCUCAACCGCAGCCUGGAGGUGCAGAGAAGUUACAACCUCAAGAUCAUCUACAACGCCCUCAUCGAGAACGAGCUGCUGGGCUUCUUCCGCAGCUCCUACGUCCUCCACGGCGAGAGAAGGUUUCUUGGCGUUACGCAGUUUUCUCCUACUCAUGCCAGAAAAGCCUUUCCUUGCUUUGACGAGCCCAUCUACAAGGCCACUUUCAAAAUCAGCAUCAGGCAUCAAGCAACUUACUUAUCUUUGUCCAACAUGCCAGUUGAAACUUCUGUUUUUGAAGAAGAUGGAUGGGUUACAGAUCACUUUUCACAGACCCCUCUCAUGUCCACGUAUUACCUAGCUUGGGCAGUGUGCAAUUUUACAUACCGGGAAACUGUCACCAAGAGUGGAGUAGUUGUACGGUUAUAUGCAAGGCCUGAUGCAAUCCGAAGAGGAUCAGGGGACUAUGCUCUAAAUAUUACAAGGAGACUCAUUGAAUUUUAUGAAGAUUAUUUUAAAGUGCCCUAUUCCCUGCCAAAACUAGAUCUGUUAGCUGUGCCUAAACAUCCAUAUGCUGCUAUGGAGAACUGGGGACUGAGUGUUUUUGUGGAGCAAAGGAUACUGCUAGAUCCAAGCGUUUCUUCUAUAUCAUACCUACUGGAUGUCACCAUGGUCAUUGUACAUGAGCUAUGUCAUCAGUGGUUUGGUGACCUUGUGACUCCAGUUUGGUGGGAGGAUGUGUGGUUGAAAGAAGGUUUUGCUCACUAUUUUGAAUUUGUUGGGACAGACUACCUCUACCCAGGAUGGAACAUGGAAAAGCAGAGAUUUCUGACAGAUGUCCUGCAUGAAGUGAUGUUGCUGGAUGGUUUGACCAGUUCACAUCCAGUAUCCCAGGAGGUGCAGCAAGCCACAGACAUUGACAGGGUGUUUGACUGGAUUGCCUAUAAAAAGGGUGCAGCUCUAAUUCGAAUGUUAGCUAACUUUAUGGGUCACUCUGUAUUUCAGAUGGGCUUACAAGACUAUUUAACCAUUCACAAGUAUGGCAAUGCAGCCAGAAAUGAUCUCUGGAACACAUUGUCAAAGGCUUUAAAAAGGGUUGGAAAAUCUGUAAAUAUCCAAGAAGUAAUGGAUCAGUGGACACUACAGAUGGGUUACCCUGUUAUCACUAUCUUGGGAAAUGAAACUACAGACAAUGUCAUAGUGAUCUCCCAAGAGCGUUUUGUUUAUGAUAGUGAUGCUAAACCCAAGGAUCCUGCCCUUGGAGACAACAGCUACUUGUGGCAGAUUCCAUUAACAAUUGCAGUAGGAAAUACGAGCCACAUCUCAUCAGAGGCAAUUAUAUGGGUGUCUAACAAAUCAGAACACCACAGAAUUCCUGCUUUGGAAGAGGCAAGUUGGUUGCUGGGGAACAUCAACCAGACUGGCUACUUUAGAGUUAAUUAUGAUAUUAGGAAUUGGAGGCUGCUAAUUAAUCAGCUAACAAGGAACCAUGAGGUUAUCUCUGUCAGUAAUCGAGCAGGCUUGAUCGAUGAUGCAUUCAAUCUAGCCAGAGCUGGUUAUUUGCCUCAGAAUAUUCCUUUGGAGAUUAUCAGAUAUCUUUCAGAGGAGAAGGAUUUUCUGCCUUGGCACGCUGCCAGCCGAGCUCUUUAUCCUCUAGAUAAAUUGCUGGACCGCACAGAAAACUACAACAUCUUCAAUGAGUACAUUUUAAGACAAGUUGCAUCAAUGUAUCUCAAGCUUGGAUGGCCAACGAAUAAUUUAAACAAAUCGCUUGUUCAAGCAUCCUACCAACAUGAAGAGUUGCGUCGGGAAGUCAUCAUGUUGGCCUGCAGCUUCGGUAACAAACACUGUCACCAGCAGGCUGCAACGUUAAUCUCGGAUUGGAUUUCUAGCAAUAGGAACCGAAUCCCACUCAAUGUGAGAGACAUUGUCUACUGUACAGGAGUUUCACUGAUGGAUGAAGAUGUAUGGGAGUUCAUUUGGAUGAAAUUUCAUUCUACCACAGCGGUGUCUGAGAAGAAAAUAUUAUUAGAAGCCUUAACUUGCAGUGAUGACAGAAACUUGCUUAACAGGCUUUUGAAUUUAUCUCUCAACUCAGAAGUUGUCCUGGAUCAGGAUGCAAUUGAUGUGAUAAUCCACGUAGCUCGAAAUCCACAUGGAAGGGAUCUUGCUUGGAAGUUUUUCAGAGAAAAAUGGAAAAUAUUAAAUGCUAGGUACGGAGAAGCAUUAUUUAUGAAUUCAAAGCUUAUCAGUGGGGUCACAGAAUUCCUCAAUACCGAAGAAGAACUAAGAGAGCUAAAGAACUUUAUAAAGAGUUAUGAAGAGGGAGCUGCUGCCUCUUUCUCUCGUGCCGUGGAAACAGUGGAAGCCAAUGUGCGGUGGCAAAAGCUUUAUAAGGAAGAACUAUUCCAGUGGCUAAGAAAAUCCUUGACACACUAAUCUAUCUUUCCUGACGACCAUUUAACAUGAAGCUCUGCAAGAGGAAAAGGAGACAUUUUAGAAGUGUUCAAUAUUAAAAUAAUGAAGACAAGAUCAGACAGCAGGAAGAAGUCUUUUUUUCCUUUUUUUAAUUGUGGGAUUUUUUUUUUUUUUUUACACUGGGCUCUCGUGAGAUUGUCAAGAAGCUUUUCAGAAGAGAAGAUCAUGAAUGCUUGUGAAAUCCAGUCCUCAGUGUACACAGCCAAACAUGAUAUUAAGUGGUGCAUGUAAAUGUUGAAGAAAAACUAACAAAAACCCUUUCAAAGACUAUUUUGUGCAUGCUUGUACUGUCCCUGCCUGUAUUCUAGCAUGCUUCUAUAUAACAGCCACAUUUUGUAUGUGAGUUCCAGUUACAUCAAAGAUGGGCAUUAUACAAAGCACAAAGACUAUCUACGAUAAUCAGUGUUGCAAUGAACAAAAGGAAAGAGAGGAAAGGGAAAUGCAGAAGGCUUCCAACUUGGGGUGGUAUGAGAUGUAAAGUCAGCUUUCUGGCUAGCUGCCACUCCAAUUGUCUCUUAAUGAUUACAAAGAUGCCAGCUCAUUUCUUGAGUUGCCAGUUGUUGUAUCUACAGUCUAUAUAUUCCCAUAUUUCAAUAAGCAGCACAGAGAGUGAGGAGAGAGAGAAGGGGGGGAGGGUAAGAGAGAAAGUGAGAAUGAGAGAGAAGGAUAUCAUCCAUACAUUAUAAUUAUAUACAUUUAUUCACUGCAGAUCAAUGGAACAGUGUAGUUUUAGCUGUGAACAUACGCAGCGUUUGAGGGGAGCUUUGCGUUGAUUGCACAGAAUCCAUGAACCACCUCUUCUCAGCAAUUUUACAAGGUAGUGGUGGUAUUCAUGAUGGGUCACCCAACCUGUGCAGUAGUAAGUUAUGCAGCUGAUGGUUCACAAGUAUUAUAAACAUAGGAUUCAAAUGGAAAUUAGCAAACAGGGAGAAUACCUUGCGUGCAAAGGUAUAAGAUUAACCAAGAGGGCUGUCUUGCAUGUGGUAGACCAGCCUCUGUAGUUAUUUAUUAUGAUAGACAGGUCAGAUUCUCCAUGUGGGCAAUCUUUUUGCAAAUAUUGGAUGUACAAUUUAUACCAACUUAGAAAAGUGAAGUAUGCAGAAAGGGGGGGGGGGGGUGUGUGUGCGCGCGCACACACUUAUUUGUACUGGCUAAUACCGAGAACAUGGUUUUCUGUCUGUUUCCUUGUAUUGCACAUAGACUGUUGUAGAUGAGUGAUGCUUUUCUUAAUUAUAUGCUUGUUUCUUUUUUCUCAAUCCUUAAUUUGAAAGAUCAGUGAUACAGUGGAACUGCUACUUGUACAAUGACCAUCUACACCAUUGGUCCUAAAUGUUGAGGAUAAAACUGAUGGGGGCCAAAUACUUUCCCAUGUUUGCAUCAUGGAGAAACACACCCCACCCCCCAAAAACUACAGAGAGAUUUCAGGAUCCAGACUGCAGCAGCUUCAGAGGGGGGAAUGUAGCUGUACGACUGUUUCUUUAUCCCAUCCCAGCCUAUCACAACCAUCUGACCACAUCACGCCCUGUACAUUGGGGCCAGCCAAAGUAGAGAACAGCCAUUUUAUCCAGUGGUUUCCUUCACAGCGUGUGGAAGUUACCAACACGCUUUACAGUUCCGGUUGCUUGUUUCCAGUAAGUUGUGAAUUGAAACGUUAGUGCAAAAAGAACCAAAGCCAAGCAUCUUUGGAUAUUUUCAGAGUAGUGUGGAGACAGUUUUGUUUUCUGGGCUCUCAUUCCCAUGGUACUCUGCUCCUCAAGAACUGGUAGACACAUCCCAUAAUUAAGCUGUCGUACCCAUCUUGAGCCUGUCGUUUUGUGUCCUUUACUGUGCAGAGGGUGCUCUUUGUGGAUUGGGUGCAUGAAAUCCUUGUGCUGUGUUGCAAUGCUAGUGAACCUAAUGCCCAGAGACAUUAUCAUGUCCCAGCUGAGUGAAAUCCUCCUCCUCCUAUGUAUUUUACCUACCUCACAGGGGUGUUGUGAGGCUUGACUAAUGUUAGCAAAGCACUUGAAUAUCCUCUGAUGAAAGGCAUUUAAAAGUGCAAAGAAUUAUUUUAUGUGGUUGACCAAACUCAACCUCAAUGCCAGUAUGUAGCGUCACAUUCUUAAUUUCUACUGAACAAAAUCACAUGCAGAUUUGUUGUAAUAAGAAAGCAGGCCAAAUAUUCUUUAAUAUAACCUCUACCCUGCAACGAAGUCCAAAAUUACAAUAUCCAAAGAGUGUGCAGAAAACCAAGCCCUCGAGGGUUGCCCAAUUGCUUUGAGGAUUUUUGAGAAAAGAAGUAUGCGUAAUGGUCUGUUCCUUUGCAAUUCUGUUCAAGAUUGUCUUCGAUAACUUUUCUUUUCCAGCACUACAGAUUAAACCACAUACCUCCAGGAUGCGCAUAGAAGUUUCUGGUCUUUCCACUGAUAAAGGGCAGGGUAACAAUUUGUUCCAAAGUCAAAAGUUUAUUUCGCCUGUGUUCUGCACAGUGCACAGAAAUUUCCUCUGUUGCUCAUUUGAAUUGAAGUUCUUGCACAUGUAGCUGGUGUUGGAUGUAAAUUAAAAUUUUAGUGGCCUUGAGCAACUGGUCUACCACAGAUAUCAAGCCCUAAAUGUAUCUAUUAUACAUACCUAUUGAUGUAUUGCUUAUAAUUGUUGUAUUCUAGUAAUGUUAGUAUUAACUACUAUAGCUAAGGUUGAGCUGGCCUUUCCAUUAUAAUUCCCUAUUCUUUUAUAUUUUGUAUUUUGCUGUUUCACACUGAAUCAGGAUUAAAUUUAAAUGGAUUAAAUCCAGCAAAACUAUAGCUGUUUUCUGCAAUAUUCAAACCCCCCCCCCCUGCAUUUUAUUAUAUAUCUUUAGAAACUUUUUUUUAAUAAGAAGUUCCACACAGCUGUGUCUUAAAGAAUAGAUGAUACCUCAUGGAAAACUCUAAUACACUUUGCAUAGAAAAAUCUAUUUAUCUUAUUGAUUUUCUUUCUCCUUUACCAGUCUGUUUCUUCCUUUGUCCUUAUCUAAUGAGGGACCUCAUUUUUAUAAUUUGGAUUGUGAUUAGGAAGCCAAAUAGCCCAAACUUUUCAACAUUUUCAAAUCCAGGAUUGAAUUAUCUCCUUUCUAGUGAGAGGAGGUGCUGCAAAAUGUGGAUCCAGUGUGGGCGUGGACCUCACCCAAGCCCUGGGCAUCAUUUUAGAGAGAUGUAGUGAGGCCUGUAUCUCUAAUCAGCCUUUGUAUGAGUCAGGAUCCUGUGCAGUUAUUAAUUAUUAUGGCUUACUAAAUCAUAUAGGCAGACAUAGGCAUAGACACGAUUUUAUGCCAGCAUAACAAUAUACCUAUUGUAAAAAUACCCAUUGUAUUUUUAUAACAUUGUUCACCACAAAAAUCUCAGCCUGUUUCUUUGUAGCUGGUAGAAUUAUUCAUGUAUCCACUGCUAAUAGCUGUUAAAGUGAUAGUAGCUACUAAUUGUGACUAGGGCAGAACAAUGUGAAAACAUUCUUCUGAAAUGAAAUGUCACUUCUGCUAUUACUGGGAGUACUUGGACAUUGAUUUUGAUGAAAAAACCUAUAUAUGUCCUUAAGUACAUCCAAAUUUGUGACCUUUGAUGAUCUUUUCAGUGAAUAUAGCAAGAAUUCUGAUACUAUGUUGGAAACUGAAGAUCAAUUUUGUGUAGCUUUUGGGCUGUUGUGGAUAUUUCACUGAGCUUUAGAGCGUCAAAUAGCUCCACUGAUGCAGAAGGGUACUUUCACAGCAAAGAUCCUGAACCAUACAAUUAAAUCCUUAGUAGUAAAGAAUAAAAGAAGAAAAUAUUAUUUAUAUAUACAUAUAUAUUCAUAUGAAAAAUCCUCCCUAGAGAUAAUUUUCCCAUAAAAUGUCAGUAAGUCUGAUUACUUGGAUAGAAUAAAGCGAAGCCAAGAUUUGCAGAUGAGGGUGCCUUUGUUUAGAUGCCUGCAUAAUAAGGUUUUAGUUUUCCACGUGAUCGUAGCCAAUACUGAAGUCAAUGAAGAUAGACUUUGAGUCAAAUGUGCGACUUCUCUUUGAGGAAAAGGGAUGUGCCUUUGAAAACUGUUUAUGUAUGAUCAACUUACCACCACUUGUGUUAUGAGUACUCACCGUAUCAGGCUCCCUGUCCUAAGCAGGGUUUAUAGCCACACUGUCGGUAUGAGCAUGAAGGAGUAAAAGGACUGUCCUGCUUCUGAGCAGCCUGAAUAGAGGCUGUUUGCCCAGCGUUGGAUGGAGCUUUCCAAAAACUGCUGGCUGUAUCACCCACCGCUGCUGCCAGCCCACCCGUGUCAGGAAGGCAGCUGGGAACCACUGAAGUGCAGAGAGUUUCCAUCCGAGUUUGUCUCAGCUAGACGGGAGGGACAGAAGGUCCCUUUGCCUGUUACGGGCUGUGGGUGAUGUUCAGAGAUUAGUGUCAUUGCCUUGUGCUAGCAGGAAACAAAGUGAGCCUGCAUUGCACAGAUAAACCUCAAUCCCUGAGCUCUGGUCAACCCAACUGUUGACUAAAAUCUUUGUCAAGGUCUAGAAUAUUAAAAUAUAAGUUCUUCAGAAGUCAUUUCAAAUGGUCAAAAGAUAUUUUGAUUUUUCAGUGCAUAAGAACACAGUCUUUUCAUUUAUGGUAUUUUUGUUAAUUUUGAAAAUGUGCCACGAGUUUCUCAGGCCUUUUUCUAAUGAAGGGUUUUGAAGGAUUAAUAGUAGUAAUAGCAGUCAUUGUACUAAUACCAUAAAAAAAAAUUCAGAUGCCUGUGCAAACCUGUAUGGCACUAGUGUCUGUGCAAUUCCCUUUUUGCAUACAAAAUGGUAAAAAAUUGGCCACUUUGUUUCUCAUGUGACAGUGGAAGCUUCUGCCUAUCUUAAGACCAAUACUGAAACCCAGUGAAACCACUGACUUGAGCAGGUAGUCCGGGCUGACAUGAGCAAUUCAGUCUUCAAUGAGAAGGAAGGGGAGAAUGGGACUGCUAUGUGUGAGGACUUUUCGCCAAAGUAAGGCCAUACGCCCUAGUUGGAACAGAAUUUUCAAAUCAAGUAUAUUUUGAAGAUGCUGGUUGAACUUAGUUCCAUCUUGUGUCUUUAUGCUGACAGUGGCAGGUAGCUUGACCUCAGAAUACCACCACAUGAUAAUGCAGUUGAGGUUGGAUUUUAUAAAACAGGUGUGGAGCUGGUUUCAUUGAGAUGUGUUUAAGGAGAAUCACCUGCAAGAGCAAGUGCUGUGAGUCAGACCCAGUGUCCUUUCUCAGAAACGUUGCGUUUAUGUUUGGCUGAUUUCUAACUAGUGAAGUAAGUGCGACUUUGCCAAGCAGCAUUUCUGAAUGCUUUGCUUAUUUUACGUGCACUGUUUCCUAAGGAUAUCAAAGCGAUGUUGGUAGAGAACAGAGAGAUGAGCAGCGCUGAGAGAGCAGAGGGGACCGUGCUGCAGCAGGCAGUCACGAGCCAGGAGGCUUUAGCCAGAGUGCCCCGACAUUUCCUGGACGCCAUCGCUUGGAUUUGCCCGAUAAGGAUAGCCCUGGUACAACGGACGAGGCCAAGAGCCAAGAUGCAGUCUCAGUUCUCUGCGAUAUGUUUCAGUCCACUUAAUGUGUUCAUUUCUGUAACUCCAAAGUAACCUGUAGCCAAACUGAGGACACAUGCGUGGCCGCAGAUCCUCCGCUGGUGCGGGGUGAGGUAGAUCCAUUGAAGUGACUGAUGUGAAUUGCAGCUGAGGAUCUAACCCGUUGCUUUCAAAACAGCCCCCUGAGGUGACGGCUGGGCUGGUGCACAGGAUGUUUCGCGUAUUUGUAUCUAUGUUUCAGUAGCACAUAUUGGAUGACAAAUGUUUUUUGUUUUCCUUUUGCUUUUUGUUAGAAUAAUACUUUGUGAUUGGUUCCAAUGUGAUAAAGCUUUAUAAUAUGUUUGGAGAACUGCAGAAAACUGUACUGUGAAGAGUCUGGCUACCACCCUCUCUUUUUCCUGCAAACAGUAGAUUUCAGCAGAGACGGACUUCCUUGGACUUAGACACUCUGUGAAAAAAAGAAUUCUCACAGUUUCUAAUGGAAACAUCAUUGUAAUUACUGUAUAACUACCCUGUACAAAGACAGCUUUAUUAUAUGUGUAAAUGUAAUUUUGCUAUGUUGUUCUUAUGUUUGAGGGACAGUAGGCUUUGGUGUGGGUGAGACGUAUAGCCUUAUAAAAACAGAGAUUGUAGCUCCCUGUCUGUUGUUUUACUGAAAGGUGUUCAGUUGCUCUGUUUUUACAGAAGAUAAACCAGUUCCCUGAAAACUAAUAAUCUAUUCCACUACACACACAUCAAUGACAUAAAUGGGUCAUACUCUUGAAAAUAAAGGCUUGAUAAUAAAUUGCAUUAUUUGCCCAAGAGACUCCACAUGUAAGAUCUUUUGCCACCUUAAGAAGAAAGAAGUCCUGCAGCUAUUAAUGCUGGUUAUAAUGGAUGAGUCCCUCUAUUAAUUCUGCCUCAGCCUUAGAUUAAUUCUGAAUACUGUAAUUAGAAGAACAUACUUUUCCAUCACUUCUCAAAUCUGUACUCUUUGGAAUUCAAUUCUUUGUCAAAUAAGAGGUGGACUUGGCUCGGUAUAGAUACAAUUCACCAAUGGCUUCACGCAAACAAGUGUUUGCAAGAUGAGAAUGCCAUUUUGAUUAAAAGGAAAUACAGAUCAUUGCAUAAUGUCACAGUUCUCUGUGUACCAUAUAUACAUGCGUGUAUAGCUUCUAAUUCUGGACCAUUUGCUUUGACAAAGCUUUCAUUGGUUAUUUGCAUUUACAGAUCUUACUCAAAAGUUUCAGCUCAGCAAAGCAGUUGGAUUUAGGCAGGAUGUGAGGCUGUGUUGACCACGACUCAGCAUGUACAUACGUAGGCAUGGCGGCAGUCCUGCUGAUUUCUGUGGGAUUCGUCAAGUGCUUCAAAUUAUGUAUCAAAUCAUGCAUCUGGCUGAAACAGUCUUUCCGGAAAGUGAUGUAGGUUGAAACCUGUUUCUGCACAGGUUUCAAGUGCAGGAUAUGCUGAUCUGUUUUUUGCUGAAUUUAAAAUCAAAACUUACUUUAUAUAGCGCCAACUGCUCCUCUCUCUUUUCUUUUUUAUGGAAAAGCAUAUAUUUUGCAUAUAAAGGGUAGAUACUAACUAAUUCUCCGUAUAUCUAAAAAUGCCAAAUUUAACAAGUUGGUUUUUUUUUUCAUUUAUUGUUUGAAGCACCCUAGGAUUUGAGAAUAAAAGCAGAAUUAUUCUUAGAGUGUUAAUUAUUGAAUAUAGAUCUAAUCAGCAUUUUAAACCAUUAGCCAAAUAAAAUACGAAUUUCUGUUGCAGUUUACCAGAAAAGUGUUUUUCUAUGAUAUGCCUUUAAAAAUGACUCCAUAAAUAUGGGACCACUAUGUGUUCAACAUUAAAUUUUUAUUCCACUCUAAAUAAAUGGAUUUUUUUUUUAAAUGAGAAACUUUAUCUUCUGUAUUUUAAGCAGAACAAAUUUGAAUUUUGUCUCUGAUAAUAAAAUUUUGUAUAGU